ACUGUAACGCUUAACGCUUCUGUUGGUCGUGUGUGGAUUGGGAAUAGUGAAUCACGAGCGCAGCUGGAUGACCCCACAAACCGUGUCGAUCUAUAAGCUAUAUAGCUGAUAUCGAGUGCAACUGUGAAAUAACUGAGCUUUUUACAAACGACUUUGCGUAGGAACUUCAUCUGUUUGGAAAGGCAGCGUUAUCUGUGCGGGAGUAGACCAGAAGUUUUUGCCAUUUUAAGCUGGUUGUUCUUUCCAUCGCCAUGUCCUCCGGUGAUGUGUCAGAGCAGUGUCGGCGGUUUUGCGUGUUAUCUUGGGAGCAGGUGCAACGUUUGGACUCUAUUCUUGGCGAGACGGUUCCAGUUCACGGACGUGGAAACUUCCCGACGCUUUCGGUUCAGCCGCGACAAAUUGUUCAGGUGGUUCGAGCACGUUUGGAGGAGCGAGGAAUCACUGUUCGAGAUGUGAGGCUGAACGGCUCGGCUGCCAGUCACGUUCUGCACCAGGACACGGGGCUCGGGUACAAGGACUUGGACCUGAUUUUUGGCGUUUCUCUGUCAGAUGACCAGGCCUUCCGCGUGGUUAAGGAUGUGGUUCUCGACAGCCUGCUGGACUUCCUACCCGAGGGUGUCAGCAAGGAGAGAAUCUCAGCACUUACUCUGAAGGAGGCUUAUGUACAGAAGUUGGUGAAGGUUUGCAACGACAACGACCGCUGGAGCCUCAUCUCACUCUCCAACAACACCGGCAAGAAUGUUGAGCUUAAGUUUGUGGACUCUCUCAGGCGCCAGUUUGAGUUCAGCGUGGACUCCUUCCAGAUAGCCUUGGACUCCCUUCUUCUGUUUGACCGCUGUUCAGAGACUCCCAUGUCGGAGUGCUUUCACCCGACGGUGUUGGGACUGUGGGAUGGAGGCAUGUAUUUCCAUGAAAUGGAUCCAUUGCAGUUCCAGGACAUGAACCAUAAGGAUCCUUUCUAA